AUGGCGCCAGCUCGUGUUAUGGAGAUAUCUGGGUCUGUGGAACAAGGCUACAUAGCCCCAUCGGAUGCAGCUCAUGAAAACGAAUGGUACAACCAAGACUUCGACGGUUAUCGCGUUACCGAGGAGCCAUUACACGCUAAGCGCCACCUGCGCAUUGUAUGCGUUGGCGCUGGAGCAUCCGGUCUGCAGAUCGCCUACAAAGCUGAGCGUGCACUCUCCGACAUCGAUUUGCAGAUCUACGAAAAGAACUCUGAUGUUGGCGGUACCUGGCUGGAGAACAGAUAUCCAGGGUGCACUUGCGAUAUUCCUUCGCAUUCUUACCAGUUUACAUGGGCACGAAACCCUAAUUGGAGCCAAUACUACUCAAGCAGUGAAGAGAUAUGGCAGUAUUUCAAGGAUGUUGCAGUCAAGUAUGAUUUGGAGAAGUAUGUACAGCUGAAUACGACGGUGGAAAGCGCCGAAUGGAACGAACAAGAAGGGCAAUGGAAAGUUACAGUUCUUGGGCCAAAUGGAAAGCAAACGGAAGACUGGUGUGAUGUCCUCAUAUCCGGUGAGUUACUCUCAUAUACCUGUCACUUUCGUACUGACCUUGAAGGCUCUGGCGUGUUGAACUCGUGGAAGUAUCCAGACAUCCCAGGUCUGGACUUAUUUAAAGGUAAACUGAUGCACUCGGCAAAGUGGGAUAGUGAUUACGACCUGAGUGGCAAGCGCGUUGCCGUCAUCGGUGGAGGUUCCUCCGCCGUUCAGAUCGUUCCCAACAUCCAGCCUACUGUCGGCAAGCUAUAUGCCUUCUUGAGAUCUCCAGUUUGGGUGACCACUGGGUUUGGUGCGAAACAUGCCGGCCCCGGUGGCACAAAUUUCGAAUAUUCGCAGCAUCAGAUCCAGAAAUGGAAAGACGACCCGGAAAGCUAUCAGAAAUAUGCACGCGAUGUUGAGGGUGAGCUCAACAAACGGUUCAAUCUCAUGCACAUGCAUUCGAAUGAUCAAAAGAACUCACGCGAGCUCAUAGCCAGCAUCAUGGAUGAGAGAAUCGGAAACGAGAGAAUCUCGAAGAGGCUGGUUCCCAAUUUUGCUCUGGGUUGCAGAAGAAUGACACCUGGGCAAGGAUACCUCGAGUCCCUGAGGAAAGACAACGUGGAAGUGAUUCAUGAGUCCGCAGUGCGACUUACCGAGACUGGCAUCGUGGACGAGAGUGGUGUAGAGCAUGAGGUGGAUGUGGUAAUUUGCGCAACGGGAUUCGACACCUCGUUCACACCACAUUUCAAGAUGACCGGUCGCAACAAUGCAGAUAUCAAGGAGCAGUUUGGAGACUUUCCAGUAGGCUACCUCGGAAUCACAGUCCAUAACUUCCCUAAUUUCUUCCUUUUCAUCGGGCCCAAUGGACCCGCAAGCCACUCUUCCAUUCUCCCCAUACUUGAAUGGUACACGCGCUACGCUUUCAACAUGAUUGCGAAGUUCCAGACGGAGAAUCUCAAAUCGUUCGAGGUCAAAGCUGCCGCCGUCAAAGACCUGUACAACCACACUCACGAGAUUAUGAAGCGACUUGUUUGGUCGUCAGCAUGUCGAUCGUGGUUCAAGAAUGGGAAGACGCAUGGUCCUGUGACAGCCAUCUACCCGGGAAGUCGUUUACACUUCUUCGAGCUGCUGAAGGAGGUGCGAUGGGAAGAUUACGACCUGGAGUAUCGCACAGGCAAUCGGUUCCAAUUCUUAGGGAAUGGCUACACCUUUACGGAAAUGAGUCCAGAUGGGGAUCCUGUCUGGUAUUUUGAUGAUGAUUUUACGAAAAUAUAG